AUGGUGAAGCGGUCCGCGCAGUGCAAGUUCCCCGUGGCUCGGAUCAAGAAGAUCAUGCAGGCCGACGAGGAUGUGGGCAAAGUGGCGCAGGCGACGCCGGUGUUGAUCUCGAAAGCUCUGGAGUUGUUCAUGGCAAGCAUUGUCGAAGAGACGGUCAAGGAGACAAGAAGUCGCGGCGCCAAGAAGAUGACUCCGUACCAUGUCAAACGCACCGUUCACACCAACGAGACCUUCGACUUUCUCAAAGACAUCGUCGCCAAGGUACCGGACCCGGUCGAGACCGAGAGCAGCACAGCAGCAGCGGGAGACAACCGUGGCGGCAAACGCAGAAAGACGGCCAAGAACGAGGACGAUUCGGAUUGA